CCCGGAAAAGAAGCAAAAAAUGGAGUGGAAGGAUUUGAUUGAAGAUGCAGAAACACGAUUGAAAAAGUAUAUUUUGGAUCCGUAUUUACCAAAACUUCAUGAUCCGAAACCACAUUAUCAUCCUCGCCAACUCAAUGAUUUAAGUCGAUUAUUUCACAUUCCACCAUGCCCAGAAAAUACACAAAUUGUUGCACAACGUGAUCCGCAAACAGGAGAAAUUGAAAGAUUCAUUGAAGUAGCAAUAGAAAAUGCUGGAAGUGAUGCAAGAAAUUCAUUUUCAUUACAGAGAAAGCCGGGCCCGCAAGAACAAGCAACAAGAGGAUCCGCAGCGAAUUUUCCUUUUUGGCCUGGUGGAUUUGAUGAACCAAAGAAUGCAAUUAUGGAUCUUGUCAUUGAUAAUACAGAUUUUGAAGAGAAUUUACUUUCUGUUGCUCCUGGAUUUACACAUGGAAUAGACUUCAGUCAUCUUAAGAAGUCAAAUACUCAAAAUAAAGAAGAAGAAUCAUCAAAUAUUGAUCUUCUCAGUGUCAUUGAGAGCAAGGAUGAAGAUAUUUUCAAAAUUGAUGUAAAAAGUGCAUCAACAGAUGCAAAUGGAAAUGAGGGUGGUGGAAUCAUCACUCUUAGCACACAAAUCGAUGAUUCUCUUCUAGAAAUAAAACCAACACAAGUUUCUGACGUUCUUAAGAUUAAGGAAACAAGAACUCAAAAUACUGUCGCAGAAUGGGCUGAAAUUAUUGAUAUUUCACAACCCGUUAAAAAUUUUUACGAUAGAGUUGCUGACAUGGCUCAUCAAUAUCCUUUUGAAUUGGAUCCAUUCCAAAAGCAAGCAAUUUUGAAGCUGGAAAAUCAUAAUCAUGUAUUUGUUGCUGCACAUACUUCAGCUGGUAAGACUGUUGUAGCUGAAUAUGCGAUUGCUCUCUCGAAGAAGCACAUGACAAAGACAAUUUAUACGUCACCAAUUAAAGCUUUGUCAAAUCAGAAAUAUCGCGACUUUAAGCAGACUUUCGGUGAUGUUGGUUUAAUAACUGGCGACAUUCAAAUCGAUUCAACUGCAAAUUGUCUCAUUAUGACAACGGAAAUUCUUCGAAGUAUGUUAUAUUGCGGCAGUGAUGUCACUCGUGAUCUUGAAUAUGUGAUUUUUGACGAAGUUCAUUAUAUCACUGACACAGAUCGUGGACAUGUAUGGGAAGAAGUUCUCAUUCUCUUACCUGAUCAUGUUUGUAUUGUCAUGUUGUCAGCAACAGUCCCAAACACUUUAGAAUUCGCCAAUUGGGUUGGAAAAACGAAGAGAAAGAAGGUUUAUGUGAUCAGCACACCCAAACGUCCAGUUCCACUGCAACAUUUCCUUUACACUGGAAACGGUGGAAAGACUAAAGACGACAUUUUCUUAACAGUUGACGAGAACGGAAAAUUCUUAUCCGAAGGCUAUGAAAAAGCAAAAUCAACAAAAGCUGCACGUCAAAAAGAUUUCCAAAAGAAUUUCGGUUCACGAACUGUCACGAAUUUAAAUCCAAAACAAGAACAAACAAUGUGGGUUGGAUUAAUUGAUCAUUUGAAACGAAACAAUCGCCUUCCAGUUGUUGCUUUCACAUUGAGUAGAAAUCGUUGUGAUUCAAAUGCUGAAGCAUUAAAAUCUUGUGAUUUAACAAACACACGCGAAAAGUUUAAAAUUAAUUCAUUCUUUCAAUUGUGUUUGCAAAAGUUGAAAAGUGAAGAUCGACAAUUGCCACAAGUUAAGACGAUUCAAGAUUGUUUACAACGUGGCAUUGGAAUUCACCAUUCAGGAAUUCUUCCAAUUCUCAAAGAAAUUGUUGAAAUGUGCUUUCAAUGUGGGCUUGUGAAGCUUCUUUUUGCAACAGAAACUUUCGCUAUGGGUGUGAAUAUGCCGGCACGUACUGUAAUAUUUGAUUCAAUCUCGAAAUUCGAUGGAAAAUCAUCAAGAAAUUUAGAACCAGCUGAAUACACGCAAAUGGCAGGAAGAGCGGGACGUCGGGGUCUUGACACAACCGGCACAGUCAUAAUCUUAUGUAAAACAAACAUACCCGAUUCUGAAACACUCAAACGAAUGAUUCUCGGCAAGCCGAUGCGACUUGAAAGUCAAUUUCGAUUGACAUACGCGAUGAUUUUGUCAUUGCUUCGAGUUGAACGUGUGUCAGUUGAAGACAUGAUGCAGCAUAGUUUCCGAGAGUUUGGGAAACAAUUGAAAGUGCCUGAAAAUGAAAAACAAUUGAAGAUUGCUGAAGAAAAGUUAUCGGAACUUAUGGAAAUAAGUGAACAUCUCUCGCCUUUGUGCAACUUUUAUGUUGCUUGCAGUGAAUUUUUUAAGUUGAACGAUGAAUUGAUGGUGAAGUUUGUAAAUCAACAGAAGAUUUUCAAUGAAAUGAAGGCUGGAAGGAUCCUUCUUGUGACACAAAAUCGUCAUUAUAAUAAACUUGGAAUCUUGCUUGCGACUAUCACAUCAACACAGAAAGAAUCAACUUAUAAAGUUCUUGUACUUGACAACCCACAUGUUGAUGAUUCACAAGCAAUUCGAACUGAAAUGUGGCAUCGAAUGACAUCGUAUGCUUAUUCGAAUAAGUUUUUCGUUCCAUCUGGUGCUACUGGUGAUCACACAAUUCUCAUAAUAAAAGCAGAAAACAUUGUGGAAAUAACGAAAAUAACAAUUAAAUGUGAAGCUGAUAAAAUCAUUCAGAAUUGGGAACAAAGACAAAUCCCGAGAUUCAAGGAUAGCCCACCAAGUCCAUCAGUUGUGAAAGCUGUUGGUGAACUUUACGAGCUUACAAUGUCGGUUGCUGAUAAUUCUGAAGCUGCGAAACUUGAAAUUAUUCCUCUUACUAGCCAAGGCUUUGAAUUGAUGGAAGAUUUCAAGAAACUCAAUGAAUUGAAGGACAACAUUAAAGUUUACCAACCAUACACAAAUAUUCCGAACUUCAUUGAAAACUUUACAAAAGUCUUCGAUCGAAAAGCACUUGAAGAGAAGAAAGAAAAUUUACUUUUUCAACUUUCAAAUAAGAAUCUUUCACUUUAUCCCGAUUAUUGCAACAAGUUGCUUGUUCUUCAAGAGUUGAAGUAUAUCGAUGAUCUUCAUCAAGUUGCAAUGAAAGGUCGAGUUGCAUGUGAAAUGGGACAAAAUGAGUUGAUAAUCACGGAACUUGUUCUUCGAAAUAUUUUGACAAAUCUUCAACCACCUGAGAUUGCAGCACUUUUAUCAAGCCUCGUAUUUCAAGCGAAAACCGAUGUCGAACCAAAUGUCACUGAAACUUUGAAGAAAAUGAUGCUGGAAUUUCAAGAGGUUGAUCUUGACAUCAGAAAAGUCGAAGCAAAGUACAAUGUUGGGAAAGCUGAUGAGACUGUUGAGAAGGAUAAACUAAAUUUCGGACUUAUUGAAGUUGUUUAUGAAUGGGCGAGAAAUAAACCAUUCGCCGAAAUUAUGCAGUUAACUGACAUCAAAGAGGGUGUCAUCGUUAGAUGUAUUCAACAACUUCAUGAAACAUUACGCGAUGUUAAAGAUGCAGCUCGGAUUAUUGGCGAUCCAGUUCUUCACAGUAAAAUGGAAGAAGCUUCUAAUGCCAUUAAGAGAGACAUUGUCUUUGCAGCAUCUCUUUACACCUCAUCCGAUGCUUUGACCAUCACCGCUUUAGAUAAUUGAAUUUUCAAUGCUUUUUAAAAGUUUUUAAUAAAAAAAGGUUAAAAUAAAUUUGAUUCAAGUUUAAAUUUAUUUACUACCAAGGUAAACACAAAAAUUAUUUAAUUACUUUUUAGGAUAGAAUGGAAUCACAAUUCUGCCUGCUUUUCGAUUCACAAUCUCCCAAUUUGUACAUCUGAAUGAUUUUCUAUUCAUAAGGUCAGUAAAGAGAAUUCCAUUUAAAUGAUCAAUUUCAUGUUGAACUAUUCUUGCAUUCCAUCCUGUGAAUGUGUGUUGAAAUUCUUUCCCAUUGCGAUCGAAAGCUUUAACUUUUACAGAAUAAUUUCUUGGAACUUCAGCUACAAAUCCGACGACACUUGCACAAGUUUCUUCAAUGAUUAUUUUUCUAUGAUCGACGACUUCUAAUUCAGGAUUAAUGAACACAGUAAGAGGAAAAGUUGACAUUUCCCUCGCUUUAAAAGUUUCUGGUGUGAUAACAUCUUUAAGAUGUUCUCCACAAAACAUUAAAAUGAUUCGUAAACUUAUUCCAAUUUGUGGUGCGGCAAUUCCUACAAGACGAUAAUCUUUAAGUACAACUUUCAUUUGUUUAAUAAGAUAUUGAAUCUCAGGUGAUUUAAUUAAUUCUUUUGGCACUUCGUCAGCUAUUUCUCUCAACACCGGAUCUCCAAUUUGAACACAAUGUCCCCAUGGAGGCAUAUUUCUCUCCACUUUGAACAUUGAUUUUAUCCAUGAUAUAUGCCGAAUAUG